AUGGCCCUUUCCCAGGAUAAAUAUGAUAUCGUCAUCGUGGGCGCAGGCCCUGUCGGCAUUCUGUUGUCACUCUGCAUGUCCCGAUGGGGGUAUAAAGUAAAACACAUCGACAAUCGGCCAGUGCCCACUGCCACAGGUCGGGCCGAUGGAAUCCAGCCCCGUUCGACGGAAAUCCUCCGCAACCUGGGCCUUAAGCGUCAGAUCAUGGCCUACGAACCAGCCAAGGUAUAUGACGUCGCGUUUUGGGAUCCUCGCCCGGACGGGAACGGCAUCCACCGGACCAGUAGCUGGCCGAGUUGCCCAGGAUUCAUUGACACCAGAUACCCUUUCACCACUCUUGUCCACCAGGGGAAGAUCGAGCGUGUUUUUUUGGAUGAGAUAAAAAAAGCCGGUACGACCGUCGAGCGUCCGUGGACUAUCCACGGAUUCAAGAAUGAUGGAUUGGAUCCGACAUAUCCUGUGGAGGUACAGCUCAAGUCUAUUGAUACCAAUGUCAUUGAGACGGUUCGCACCAAGUAUCUCUUCAGUGGUGAGGGUGCACGGAGUUUUAUUCGGCAACAGCUUGGUAUCAACAUUCGGCACAAGGAUCCCAUCUCAUAUGUGUGGGGUGUCAUGGACGGCGUUGUGAGGACCAAUUUCCCUGACAUAGAGACAAAGUGUACUAUCCAUUCGGAUGCCGGUUCAAUUAUGGUUAUCCCUCGGGAGGACAACAUGGUCCGACUUUAUGUCCAAAUCGCCUCGUCCACCGACCCUGAUUUCAGCCCGAGGAAGACAGCAACUGUCGAGGAGGUUCAGGCUACUGCAAAGAAGAUCCUCCAGCCUUAUUCGCUGGAAUGGGAGCGCGUGGAAUGGUACUCUUUUUACCCAAUCGGGCAGGGCAUUUCGGAGAAGUAUACUCUGGAUGAGCGAGUUUUUAUGGGCGGGGAUGCUUGCCACACCCACAGCCCGAAGGCUGGCCAGGGAAUGAAUACUGCUUUUCAUGACGCCCUAAACCUGGCUUGGAAGCUUCACGUUGUCGAAUCCGGUUUUGCUGACCGAUCUAUUCUGAGCACGUACGAGAGUGAACGUAAAGACAUUGCAGAGACUCUGCUGAAUUUCGACGCCAAGUAUGCUGCCCUGUUCUCCAAACGCCGACCAUCUGCUUGCGAAGUUGGAUCUGCGAACCACACAGCUGCCGCCGUUGGUGAAGAGGAGGAUGAAUUCGUGAAGACCUUCAAGUCCUCCUGCGAGUUCACAAGUGGUUAUGGUGUUGCUUACAAACCCAAUGUCUUCAAUUGGGAUAAGACCCACCCUGCGCAGUCACCUUUGUUUAAUAUUCCUGGUGUGAAGUUGACCCCGGGUCGCGCUUUUACACCCUCGACGGUGACACGGCUUGCAGAUGCCAACUCCGUGCACCUAGAACAGGAAGUCCCAGCCAAUGGUGCAUUCCGGAUCUUCAUCUUUGCGGGUAAACAGGCCAAGACUAGAAAGGCCAUUGCGGACCUGGCUGCGAACCUCGAAAAGGAGCGAUCGUUUCUUUCUGCAUACCGAAGAUCCGAUAUUGCAGAUGUAUCAUUCUUCGAGCGUCACCAGCCUCAUUCAAAACUCUUUACCCUCUGUUUGGUUUACGCUGCAAGCAAGAAUGAGGUUGACCUGGAGGCGGUGCCCAAGAUUCUCCGUGACUACCACCACCAUAUCUAUGCCGAUAAUAUCCCCGACUUGAGGGUCCCUAACGCCAAGUUUGCUGCUCAUGAAAAGCUUGGUUUCGAUCCCGAGAAGGGAGGAGUUGUUGUCACUCGCCCUGACAGCCAUGUUGCCUGUCUGGUGCAGUUGACCGAGGGUAGUGGCACGGUGGGUGCCCUGAAUGCGUAUUUCAACGCUUUUGCGACGAAGCGUUUGGGCCACGACCAGCAACAGAGCCGUCUAUAA